UGAAAGAAAUGGGGAAGCUCAGCAUUGAAGAAAUGCGUGACUUCAGCCACUUCAGUCAUGAGCACCCAUUGGAACUCACCAACCUUUGGCCACAAGGGCACACUGUAUGUUCAGGUUGCAAGAUGAGUAUAGUUGCUGGCAAGGAUUACUAUACUUGCAAACCCUGCAGCCACUAUCUCCACUCUACUUGUUACAAUCUACCAAGAUUAAUCCGGCACCCAGCUGACCCUAACCAUGAUUUGAACCUGGUCCCUUCAGCCUCCUUUGAUUGCAAGGCUUGUGGCCUUCGAGGCUCGGGUUUCUCCUACAACUGCAGUAUCUGCCUUGUUCACUACCAUACCCUAUGUUCCUCAAUGCCACUCACAGAAACACACCGUUUUCAUCCUCACACACUAAAACUUGAAUUUGCCCCUCCAUAUUCCAACUCCAAAGGCUUUCGGUGUGACAUAUGUGGAAACCUUGGUUCUGAUCAUUGGCUCUAUCGUUGCAGUGGGUGUGAGUUUGACACACACCUCGCAUGUGCCACUGCUAAUCUAAAUCCACAAUUUAUGCCUAGGGAAAUCAAUUUGAGCCAAAAUAGAAGCGAUGAAUUAAAUGAAGCGGUUGUUAUAGAAAUGGGUGUCCCUCAAGGGAACCAAGGCAGCGGAUCUUCCACUCAGGAAGGUGUUGAUGUUGAUGGUGCACCUAGUGCUACAGAGGCUCUUGGGCCUAGAAAAACUGUGCUUGUGAUAACAGCGGGUCUAUUUGUUGGAGCGGCUGGGUUCAUAGCAGGAGGACUUACACAUGGCAUAUGCCAGCAAGCAGUAGAAAGUCAAGACAUUUUCCAGGGUUUUUGGGGUGGCAGAGCGGCUGGGAGCAUAGCAGGAGGGCUUGCACAUGCUAUGUGCCAGCAAGUAGUAGCAGGUCAAGACAUUAUCCAGGGUUUUUUGGGUGACCUAGACAGUGAGGAGCCAGGUUCUCAGGAUCUAACUAGCAGCCACUGAAGUUUUGUCUGCUAAAUUCUUGUAUGGUCUGUAAUAUUCAGUGAACAUUAUGCCAUUUAAUCGAAUAAAGGCCAGUUCAAUAGAUA